AUGGAUAAGAAUACACCAAAAAUAGCAGUGCUCGGUGCCGGUGUGGUUGGAACUACGGUUUCUAGGAUUCUGCAAGAAGAAUUAAGAAGUGCUGACAUAACUAUCAUAGCGGAUAAGUUCAAGGAGGAUACAGUUAGUACGGUCGCUGCGGGUAUUUUUAGACCGGGGACCAGUUUCCGUGGACCAACACCAGAGGUCACUAAGCAAUGGAUAAAAGACUCCUGGAACUAUUGGCAGGAGAUACUCAGGACGGCUGAGGCACCAGCAGCUGGCCUCAUGACACUAUCAUCAUACAUAUUCUCCAAGGAAAAUUUCCAUACGACCAGGAAUCAUCUCAUCGAGGAUCUGGUGCCCGUGUAUAGAGCGGUAGAUGAAGAUGAGUUGAAGAUCUGCGGAGAUGGUUGGAAGUACGGUGCCUAUUAUUCGACAUUAAAAAUAGAAUGUAGCAGAUAUUUGCCCUGGGCGGAAAAAGUAUUCAUAGAGAAGGGAGGAAAAAUCAUUGCCCAGAAAAUAGAUUCAUUCUCUUCUUUAUCUGAAUAUGAUCUGGUGUUUAACUGCACCGGUUUAGGUGCGAAGACGUUGUGUCAAGAUAACGACCUGGUGGCUAUACGAGGACAAGUGAUAAAAGUGAGAGCGCCCUGGCUGAAGAUGGCUUUGUAUGGAGAUUAUGAUACAUAUGUGAUCCCUGGAGUGGAUGGGAUCGCAACCUUAGGAGGCGUGCGGCAGUAUGAUAGCUAUAAUAGACAAGUGUGUAAACAUGAUGCUGCUGCGAUAAUGGAAAGAUGCUGUGAUCUCCUGCCAGCACUGAAGAAAGCUGAUGUGGUGUGUCAUAAAGUGGGGCUUCGACCGCACAGAGUACCGGUCAGAGUGGAGCCCGAGUUUUUCGACGGUGUGAGAGUCGUCCACUGUUAUGGUCACGGUGGCUACGGUGUAAUGACCGCCCCGGGGACCGCUAUCGACGCUGUACACAAAGGAAUCGAUCUUUUAAAAAGUAACCUUAGGAGCAAAAUAUAA